UUCAUGCCCAAGAGGAGAACGGUCCGCUCGCUGGAAUGGCUGUGCCUGGAGAAUGUGGCUGAAAAUAUCCAGCUCAUCUGGGCCAAAGCUUGUGUGGAAAACCAACAGGACGGGCACCGUGUUCGCUCUGUUGCAGAGCCCCACAUCUGGCUGCAACCUGUCUUCCCUGGAUAUCAAAGGCUGCAGCCGGAUCCCUGCAGAAACCCUCGUCGACCUGGUGAAAGCUUUGCCGAGCCUCGCCAGACUCAACCUGUCGGAUACCCAGUGCGAUGCCCCGGUGCUUGCAGCCGUGGCCUCCCACUGCCAGCAGCUUCUCGAACUGGACGUCGUCGAUUGCAGGAGGCUGUCUCCAGAGUGCCUCCUCCACUUGGCCUACGACCCUGCCACGGGCUCCCUCCGCUGCCCGACCUUGAAGGUGCUCAGAGCCAGAUACCUGAUGCGUAAACCUCUCCCCCACUGCAUGCUUCGGCACUUGGUCUUUCUGCUGUUGGCCUUGCGCGGCCUGACGGUCUUGGACCACGCUUUCGUUCCGGAGGCCGUGUGCGUGAUCCACAGGCGGCAGUUUGACGACGCCCCGGUUGCCCCCGAGUUCCCCUCGCUGGAGCAGCUGGCGAGACGCAGGAUGUCCGCCCAUAGCAGCCACAGGAUCACGCUGGCCCUCACGGAAUUGGACAAAGUGUUAUUGAGCUGCCUGCCCGGCGUUUUCGCCGUGUGCCCGCACUUGGCAGACGUGACUCUGAUUCUCGAAGGCAGCCCUGGCUUUGGCCAGGACUUUGCACCCUGGCGCCACAUCUCCUGCCUGACCCUCCAGUGCGGCGACGACAGUUCGUGGGAUGUCGAGAAUCUUCUGCCAAUGGCAGCCGCCCUUGGGGCGCAGCUCCACUCCCUUACGCUGAGUAACAUUUUCUGCGAUGAUGCCUCUUCCUUCUGGACCUUGCUGGGCCACUGCCUGAACCUCAGGAAAUUCUGGGUUGAGUUCCUUACUUCAGAAGAGUGCGAGUCUGAUGAGGAGGAAGCUGUUGAAGCCUUGGAGGGAAAUUUCAGCCCCACGCCUCAUCAGUUCCCCCACCUCUGGAACCUUUCCCUGAUGUACACUGACACAGGUUACACCAUUCCUUCCCAGAACAAAGCUGUGUUGACAGCAUGCCUUGUGUCCCUGCUGAAACAUUCGCCACGACUAGAAAGAUUGUUCCUGUCCUGCCUGCCUUUCUCUCUGGACAGGGUGUUUGAAAAGUUGCUGGAGCUUCCGGGAGCAGCCCUGACACGCCUCCAGAAGCUCUCUCUGACGGAAGCCAGGGUGUCUGGAAGCACAAUCCACCUGCUGUUAUCCUCUGAAAACCAGCUGAGCGUCAUCGAUUUGUCGGCGUGCUCACGCAUCUUCAGGGCAGACUACGAUGACUUCCUCAGGAGAGCCAGGAGUGAGGGUUUAGAGUUGGAUAUUUUAUGGGAGUGAAAAGCCUGCUGUUGCCGAGGGCGGCUG